AUGAAACUCCCAUUCUACACGGUUAUCGGCCCCCAUUUCAAGCGCAACUACUACUUCAUUCGCCAGUUUUGCGGACACCCCUUUCUGUGCAUCUCGGACUUGUACACAAUGGUCCUGGGAAUCCUAGGCGUGGCGUUCAGUGUGUUUGACAUCGCCAUGAUCCUGAAGUGCGGACCGACGCUGCCGGGAUAUCUGCUCAAGGCGCGGGGCGACUUCGGGAAGGUCGUGGACCCGACGCUGGAACGGGAUUUGAAGCUAAUUGCUCUCCUGGUCUCACUGGAGUAUUAUCUUUUUUUGAUUGUAGGGGUCAUGUCGAAGAGCCCGGUGUUUUUUCUACCUUUUUUAUUCCUAUACGCUUUCAUCAUAGUGAUGGAAUUUGUGACACUAUUUUUGCGGCUUUUCACAGACGGAUUCAAUUUUAACAAGAGCAGUUUAUUCACGUCGAUGUUCGUGGUCUACAACUGGAUGUGCGUUUUCUGCUGCUUUUGGCACAAAAUGGAGUAUUGUGACUAUUAAGAAAUAAAUAUUAAAAAACAAA